AUGAAGGUUCCCGUGGCUGUCCUGCUCCUCUUCAUCUUCACCAUGAUUCCAGCUUUUCACAGCCAGUCAAAAAUUCCUGAGUCGGUGAACCAAGAACGCAGAUGCUGCAUUAAGUAUUAUGAUAAAGUAUUGCUGAGGAAGCUGGUGGUGGGAUACAUAAAGGCCCUCAACUGUCAUGUGCCAGCAAUCAUAUUCAUCACCAAAAAGAACCGAGAGAUCUGCACCAACCCCAAUGACAGCUGGGUCCAAGAAUACAUCAAGGAUCCCAACCUACCUUUGCUGCCCUCCAAGGUUUCCAUUACUACACCAAAGAAAAUUGAGCGUUAG